UGUAAUAAAGUUUGAAUUUUGGGAUGUGGGUUUUGUAGCUAAGGCAUCGUUUGGGGAGCAUGAGUGGUACUUCUUCAGUCCACGAGACAGGAAGUACCCUAACGGCGCGAGACCAAACAGGGCUGCAACGUCCGGUUACUGGAAAGCCACAGGCACUGACAAGCCUAUUCUUUCGUCUGGAGGAAGCCAUAAGGUCGGAGUGAAGAAGGCCUUGGUCUUCUAUGGCGGCAAGCCCCCGAAAGGCGUGAAAACCGACUGGAUCAUGCAUGAAUAUCGCCUAGCCGACAACAAAUCCAACAACAGACCUCCUGUGUUUGACUUCGGCAACAAGAAGAACUCCCUCAGGCUUGAUGAUUGGGUGUUGUGUCGAAUCUACAAGAAGAACAACACAGGGAGACAUGUGGAUAACGAUAAGGACGACAUGAUUGAUGAUAUGAUGAUCUUCCGGCAAAUCCCUCCGUCGAUCUCCUCCGGUCUAAAUGUCUCCGGGAGAAUGAAUUUUUUCCCGGCGAGAGUCUCCAACUUCGGGAUAUUCUCCGACAACGUUAACGACGUCCCAAGUAGUCUAUAUGAAAGCGUUAUCAGCAGUGGUAAUGUCACCGACACAAUGAACCACAACAGUGACACUAAUGUUGGUCUGAAUCUCGCGUCUUCCUCAUCCGGGUCUAAGCCCGAGUUGCCGAUGAUGACUACUACUGUGAAACAGUGUAUUCCGCCGCCGUAUUGGCCCACCGCAGCCGCAGAGGAGGAGGAGGAGGUGGCGGCAGAUGAGUCGCCAGGAAAAUGUUUUCACGGCGGCGAGUGCUCGAACAUAUCAUCGAUGUUGGCGCAGGCACCGCCGUUGAUGACACAACAAGGGAUGCUAGGCGAAGGGUUAUACAGAACGUCGUACCAGCUGCAUGGAUUGAAUUGGUACUCCUAAUCAAAAUCCAUCUGGAAGUAUCUUGAAUUCGAUUAUUCGGAUUUAGCAAUGGAAUAUACGCACGUGCAUUAUAUUCGAUUUUGUCUAUACGUUUGGGGUAUUUGGGCAUUGAUAAUUGGUGAUUGAUAUUAGAUAGGGUAUAGUGGGGAAAGAGAUUUAGACAUAUAGUUUGGAGAGGUGAGGCAAUAUAUUACAGAAGUAUAGGUGAAAUAUAUUCUCUGUUUUUGUUAAACCCUAAUUUUAUACUGGUUAAAUGUAUAAACAUAUACUUAGAUAUGCAUAAAUAUAUUUGUAUAUAUGCAUAUAUAUAUAUAUAUACACUUGCUUGUUUUGUUAUGUAGAACAAUGAUGCAAAUGAAGUAUUCAUGGAGGUAGAAGUUGGUGUGAUUUUUUC